UUCACCAGCCACCCCGCAUUCUCAGCCAGGUACUGCGCUAAGCGAGGCAGCUACGGGAACGCCACGGGAGGGGGAAGGGAGCGACGGCUGUAGACACCGGAGAGAAGAGAAGCAGAGAAGGCGAAGGUGGAGAGGGGGGGAAGGAGGAGCUUCCUGCCCUCGCCAGCAAAUUACCUGGCCACUUAAUCCCAGAGACUCCGGUACUUGGGCCCCAGCCUCUGGUGCCGGCAGCCCUCGGGCCGGCCGCCUUCUCCUACCACGCCCUUCCUGCCCCCACUCGCCCCCCGGGGCCUGCCUCGGUGCCGAGACUGGCAUGAUCAGCUGAACUUUGCGGGGUUAGUGCUUUUCUCUGGGUUCCCUCAGCGGUACGGAGGCGAGGGGAGCUCAGAGCCCCGGCUCAGGACGGACAGACAGGCAGACAGACAACCGCGCCCAGGCUCUCCUGCAGAGCCCCUGCACUCCCCACCCCCACCCUCCUAGCCUCCGGGAUCAUGUCCAAACCUUCAGACCACAUCAAACGACCCAUGAAUGCCUUCAUGGUAUGGUCCAGAGGCCAGCGGCGCAAGAUGGCCCAGGAAAACCCCAAGAUGCACAACUCAGAGAUCAGCAAACGCCUAGGCGCCGAAUGGAAGCUGCUGUCUGAGGCAGAGAAGCGGCCGUACAUCGACGAGGCCAAGAGGCUACGUGCCCAGCACAUGAAGGAGCACCCCGACUACAAGUACCGGCCACGGCGCAAGCCAAAGAACCUGCUCAAGAAGGACAGGUAUGUCUUCCCCCUGCCCUACCUGGGCGACACGGACCCGCUCAAGGCGGCCGGCCUGCCUGUGGGGGCCUCCGACGGCCUCCUGAGCGCGCCCGAGAAAGCUCGGGCCUUCUUGCCGCCCGCCUCGGCGCCCUACUCCCUGCUGGACCCCGCGCAGUUUAGCUCGAGCGCCAUCCAGAAGAUGGGUGAAGUGCCCCACACUUUGGCCACCGGCGCGCUGCCCUACGCGUCCACCCUGGGCUACCAGAACGGCGCCUUCGGCAGCCUCAGCUGCCCCAGCCAGCACACGCACACGCACCCGUCCCCCACCAACCCGGGUUACGUGGUGCCCUGUAACUGUACCGCCUGGUCUGCCUCCACCCUGCAGCCCCCGGUCGCCUACAUCCUCUUUCCGGGCAUGACCAAGACUGGCAUAGAUCCUUAUUCGUCAGCCCACGCCACGGCCAUGUAACACCUAGCCCGGCCCGCCAGACCUGGAGGGCGGCCUGGAAGCGGGGUCUGCACCCUGUCCUCAGCGCCUAUCCUGGGCCUGCAGACGCCUCGGGGCCAGCCCUGCCUGCCGCCCCCUACCCUACCCCAGACUCUGCAUUUCUCUUCCAGGGGGAUGAUAGGGGCGUCCUACCGGACCCAAGGCGCUGACAGGUGCCAGAAACUUGCGAACGUUAUGACAGCUAUACUGUUGCCCCUACCCCAACUGUCCCAAAACAGAUCUCCGACUGUACCCACUUUGGACAAAAAAAAAAAAAACAAAAAAAAACUAGGCAGUUUGCUUUAUUUAUGUCCCCACCUCUCUCCUCUGAUGGGCUUUGGACUCCAGAACUCCCACAUCCUGGUAUUAUAUCUAGAAUAUGCAUAUUUUUUUCUUUCGCACCCUGAGGAAAAGAGUUAGCUCUGUGUUUUGCCAUCAGACACAACUAGGUGCCAUUUGCUCUUCAUGUGUGGGGGAAAAGCUUAAAAGUUUAAAACUACAGAAAGGGAAACAUUUCUAUUUAAAAUCAUGCUAUGAUAGUGUUUGCUUCUUUAAAGGUAAAACAAAGGACCCACAUGGUUAUUUACUUUGUAUAAAGCAGUGCUCCUAGAGACCUAAGUUUACUUUUAGACAGAAUGUCGGGUUAUGAAGUCGGGAAGUAGAAAGUGAACAAAAAUGAAAAGAAUAAAAACAUCCUAAAUAGUCAUAAAUGUUUUGACGAUGUCUUGGAAAUGUACCUAGAAGGAUUUCAUCUCCUUACUCUGUUCAUUUGUUGAACAAAGACGUUUCGAAUAAAGACAAUCUG